AUGGAGGACGCGGAGUUGCGCUGUACUGUGGCUGUGGAGCAGCCGCUGCCAGGGGGACAGGCCCCGAGGCGCCGCGUGAUGAGGGGCGCGCUGGUGCUGCUGGGCCGCAACGAGCUGCGGCAGCCGGUGCUGCGGGUGGUCGCUGGCAGCGGCGGGGCGGCGACGGCCCUGAGCUUCGUGCUGGCCGGUGAAGGCGUGCGGCUCUUCAAGCGGUUCGCUGGUGAGGGUCGGGCGGCGGUGCGGGUAGGGCCGGGCGGCGCCCAGGUCCUUCUCUCCGACUGCCCCCCAGACACUCUGCGUCGCUUCCUCCGUCUCCUGCGGGUCAAGGUGGCAGCCUGGCAGCAGAGCACUCCGCGUGUCCCCCGCCUGCUGGACCGGCCGCCGUCGGCCUUCGCCGUCAUCAGCCCGCUGCAGGAGCGGGACCUGCUGCGCGCCCCAGGCCGCCUUCGCGGGGGCGAAGAUCAGGGGGAGCCCCCGGUGGAGGUUCCCCGAGCGGAAAGGCGGCCCUCAGCGAGGCUCUCGGCGGAGCAGGAGGCUGUGAUGGGAGUUGUGAGGAGUGGGAAAAGCAUCUUCUUCACUGGCUGUGCAGGAACCGGGAAGUCGUUCUUGCUGAAGAAGAUUGUGGGCUCCCUCCCUCCGAAGACCACCUAUGCUACAGCCAGCACAGGAGUGGCAGCUUGCCACAUUGGUGGCACCACUCUCCAUGCCUUUGCAGGGAUCGGCUCUGGGAAGGCUCCGCUGGAGCAGUGUAUUCAGCUGGCAGAGAGGCCUGGGGUGCGCCAGCACUGGCUGUCCUGCCAGCACUUGAUUAUUGAUGAGAUCUCAAUGGUGGAUGGCAAGUUCUUUGACAGGCUGGAGGCAGUAGCAAGGGCAGUCAGAAAACGGGAUGAGCCUUUUGGAGGAAUUCAGCUAAUCAUCUGUGGGGACUUCUUGCAGCUACCCCCAGUCUGCAAGGCUAAUGAAGAAACCACAUUCUGCUUCCAGGCAAAAAGCUGGAGGAAAUGCAUCCACGUAAACAUGGAGUUGACUGAAGUGCGGAGACAGACUGACAAGACCUUUGUCUCGCUCCUGAGUGCAAUCCGUUUAGGCAGGUGCACAGAGGAGGUUACGAGACAACUGAUGCAGACUGCUGAUAACAGGUCUGAGCGUGAUGGGAUCCUGGCCACGCGGCUCUGCACUCAUAAAGAUGACGUAGAAAUAACUAAUGAGAAGCGCUUGCAACAGCUGUCAGGAGAAGUGCACGCUUUUGAGGCUUUGGACAGUGACCCGAUGCUGGUGAAGUUAAUUGAUGCUCAAUGUCCUGUGGGUGGUAGAGUUGAGCUAAAGCUUGGAGCUCAGGUGAUGCUAGCUAAGAAUCUGGAUGUGUCUCAAGGGCUGGUGAAUGGGGCACGAGGAGUGGUUGUAGGAUUUGAAAGUGAACAGAAAGGGCUGCCUAAGGUGAGGUUUCUCUGUGGGAUCACACAGGUCAUAAAAAUGGAGAAAUGGGUCUUCAAAGGACCAUCAGGGGUUCAUCUGACUCGUCAACAGUUGCCUUUAAAAUUGGCAUGGGCCAUUUCCAUUCACAAGAGUCAGGGCAUGUCUUUGGAUUGUGUGGAAAUCUCCUUGUCUCGUGUCUUUGAAAGUGGGCAGGCUUAUGUAGCUCUCUCCCGAGCACGUAGCCUUGAAGGUCUCCGUGUUCUGGAUUUUGACCCAAAAGUAGUGAGAGCCGAUCCUUCUGUGUUGCAGUUCUAUAGACAGCUGAGACGUCAUCAACUCCUAACCCAGGAUUCACUAAAUGAUAAGGAAAACUGAGAACUGGAAAUGCAGCUGAGAAUGCUCUUCUGGCCUCUGUUGAAGCGUCAGCGCAGACUGCUGAGUUGCAGCAAUCAUGCUAUUGAGUAUAUUUGCUAACACAGAUAAAGUGAAAGGAAUUUUUUUUUUUAGAUGUUUGCUUCAUUCAGCUGACUCUGGAUGUGUAGAAAUAUCCUUGUCUCAUGUCUCUGAAAUCUGGGAUGCUUCUGUAGCUCCUUUCUGGGCCUACAGUCUUGAGCACUUCUGUGUCAGAGAUGCAACACUAGCAAACAAAAUGACUGAACAAGGUGUGCCUGAGGGACCUUCCCAAGGUUCUAUCCUAUCUGCCUAGUUGUGUUUUAUUCUCCACAUAUGUAGACUGAAACUUGUGUGACUUUCUUCAAGUAUACAAUGGUUAAGAAAUCGAAGGAGUGUUCUGUUUGCCUGGAUGGAUUGGACCUGCUCACAAGCACUGCUGGCACAAGGGAAAACAGUGUUGAGUAUCUGGAAUAUGUGCAUGAUUCUCCUGCAAGUGAGGAGCUUCCAGGAACUGGGCUAUCACUUUAAUGUAUGCUGGGGUGCUCUUGCCUUCCAGAUGCUAAAUGCCAGGGUGCUUUGCAUAACUUCCUCCACAAGCAGAACUGUAACAGUUGUACAUUGCCUAUUAUGCUGAUACAUAGCCUUUUUAUUAGUCUGUUGCAUGCAAUAAGAUACAUUUUUUUAUUUUUUUAACCUUCUGAGAUGAGCUGGCACUGUUUAAAAAUAGGAGGAAAUCCUACAUCUUACACCCAUAAUUAUGGAACUACAAGAAUCCUUAAGAUGUAUUACCCCAUUAGAUAGAAGAGAGUGAGAGGAUAUGAGUGUUGGCAGGAGCCCCUUCUUGUUUAAACACAUGAGGCUUUCUGAAACAGGAGGGAGUUUCUGCUGGAAACAGUAUCUGACUAAUAAGGUGGAAGUUGAAUGUGCAAUAGGGAAUAGUCAAGGACAUGUGAAGUGAGAUGUAACUUCACCUGUUUCAGCAAAAGCAGAGGUGAGCAGAACUAAUGUACCAUCCUUUGAAGUAAAGGAGAAGCUUUGGUCUUUGACGCAUUGCUUAAAGCUUAAAUAACUUGUGUAUUUUUAAAUGCCUAAUGAGUGGGAAUAAUGUAAAAUAUCAACAUUCAGCUGGAACUCGCCUGUGCAGUUUGAGCAAGUUGAAGGCCACUUCUUGGCAGCUACUGUUAAAGCCAUGGAAGGAUGUUGAAUAGCCAGGGGUAACAUAGCAGAAAACAGGCUUUGGUAGGGUUUCAAAGUGUA